AUGGAAGAUGUUCUGUUGUGUGAGAAUUGGGUCCAAGUUGAUCAUUGUCCGAUCACGGGCAAUGAGAUGAAAUUCUCUCAUAUUUGGGGAAAUGGAGAGAUGCGUUGGCAAAAGCGAGGGACAACCAUCAAAGAGGGGAAAAUAUUGGCAAUAAGAUUAUGCAAGCACAAAUAUGGUUCGGUGCCAUUGGGCAAGGCAAAAAAAUCUUUCAACCAUGACCAAUGUUGUGAGGUGGUGAAAAAUUGUGAGAGAUUCAGAAUUAUUCCAACGAGUCCGACCAUUGUGUUGAACGAGACACCACUCCAUGAUUCAACGACAUCGGAUUCGCCUUUGGAUUCCCUGAUGAGUCAUGACUCACCAAUCCAAAAAGAGCCGAGGCCUAUUGGUCGAAAGGUGGCAAAGGCAAAGAGUGGGAGUACUUCCAUCAAUGAUACUGCAAAAAUUUUGGAGCAAAUUGCAAGGAACGGCACCAUGAGAAUUGAAUUAGACAUGGAAAAAGAUGCGGACAAGAAGGCAAUGAAUAAAGAAUAUGCAAGAGAAAUAGAGUAUAUACGCAAACAAGACAUUGAGAAGAAGGAUCGAGAAACCAUGGCCAUGGAUACAAGCCAUAUGUCUCCCGAAACAAAACAAUUUUGA